UAUCAAAGUUGGACUAACAACACUUUCCUUCACCUACCAUUCUCACACCGCCCGUUCUUCUCCGUCCUUCCAUUUAUUAAGUACUCUUUCAAUUCACACGCAAUUGUCCAUAGAGUCUCUUUGCAUUCUUUAGCUUCACAACAGAAAUAAAGAAGAUUAAAAAGAAAAAGAAAUUAUCUUUUUUUCUAUCUCUUUGUUUCAAGUUCUUCGCCUACGGUUUCAACUCCUAAUGGCUGACUUGGAUCACUCCUCUAGUGAUGAUGUCUCUGUUGAUUCUAGAGGGGAUGAAAAUAUGAAAAUUUUUCUGGGUUUUUGUUUUCCGUUAUCAGAGGAAUCCAGCCAAGAUUCUAAGCUUGAAUUCUCUGAAGAUGAAGAAACCCUUAUUACUAGGAUGUACAAUCUGGUUGGUGAGAGGUGGUCUCUAAUUGCUGGAAGAAUUCCUGGAAGAACAGCAGAGGAAAUUGAGAAGUACUGGAAUUCAAGAUACUCUACAAGUCAAUAAAAAUAAUUUUAAAAAAAGCCCAAAAAGAUCUCAACGGUGCUGCCUUAUUAUUUAUAUAGGGUUAUUAGAGCAGCAAAAUUUUGGAUGAUUGUGGCAAAAUUGGGAGGACUUUGCAGGCUUUCUUUGGCUAGAAAGAAAAGAGAAGAAAAUGAAGUAUGGGGUUUUUAUGGUAAUAUAUGUUUGUAGAAUGAUUCUUCAUUUUGGUAAUGUUGUUUAUGUUUGGGAGCUUUUGGCUUCUGUUGUGGUGAUUGUAAAUGUUUGCGGAAUUAUUUUUACAAAGUCCGGUAGGGAAUAUUAUGCUAUUAUAUUCACAUCA